AACAACAUGGCGAGUAUCAGGACCACAGUGGGCAACGAAGGUGCGGGAGGUGAGGCACCCGGGACGGCGGCGGCGACUUCCACUGCCCUGACGUCGGCCAUCCCUGGCGCAUGCAACGCCACAUCGUUUCUUGCCCGGAGGGACAACGCAAACGACUCGGAUCUCAGCGAUGGAGAGGAUUCCGCCCCUUUGAUAGCGAAGCGUGUCGUUGUGACGCCAGACAUUUCGACUCCUGCCAUUGCCAUUCCUUCCGAUGCAUCGAGCGAAUGCGACUACGACUCGGAAGAGGAAGCGAGAUUGAGCAGUCGUUGGACGUGCCAAACCAUCCGGUCGAAGAUCCAAAAGUUCCUCGCCACGAAAACCAUGACCCAGACCGCAUUCCUCAAGACCAUCGGCGCCAACAGCAAUUCGUUCGGGCGUUUCAUGAAGCUUAAGGGCUCUUUUGGUGGAAGUCAGAACUCGACGUAUUGGGGCUCGUUGCGCUUCUUCGAUCGCCUCGACAAGAAGACGAAGAAGGAAAAAGCUGCAGCAAAGGCAAGCGGCGCCAAAGCGAAAACUGCCGUCAAGCGCAAGGCAGUGGAUACUGACAAGGACGACGACGAGACUCCUGCGGCCAAGAAGAAGAAGUUCCUGGCACGAUUAGACCAAAUCGAAGCGGUGGAACUCGCCGAAGACAUCAAGGUCUUUGACGACUGCGACGUCGUCCGCGACAACAUUCAGGCGUUCCUUCUGACAAAAGUCAUGACCCAGACAGCACUUUCCGCGCAUUUGGAAGUGUACGUGGCAGUGUUGAGCAAGUUUCUCGCGUGCAAAGGCAAGCGCGAAGACGUCGGGAUCACCAACAAACGCAAAAAGGUCGAAACUGACCGACCAGAAGGGUACUCCCUCAAGCGCGACCCAACGCACUUCUUGGUCCAUAUCAGUGAAAUCAACCCCAAAGUGCGAUGGUAG